CCCAGUUGCAGGCAAUGCCUUGAAUGCUGCAUCACACAUUUUCAACUUUCGUGCAGCGCACACUUACAAACAAAUUGAAGUCCGUCUCGAAUUAUUCGCAUUGUUGCUAAAUCAUGCAUUGUUAGAGCGCGUUAACAAGCACUCAGAGCAUAUUUUCUUUCUUUUAUUGAACCAGCGCAGUAAAUUAGAAUGCCUCGUCAGCUAUGUUCUCUCAACUUGAAUUGGACUAGCCUUGGCUUCCCCUAUAAAUAGCACCACUUCCUACUGUAAAACCCCAGCAGUGUUUGUAAUUAUCAUUAUUGUCCAUUUUAAUUGUUAACGUUAUAACCAUGGCAGAUCAGCACUCUAAAGCCCAGGAAGUUGAGGCAUCCCCAAAGGUGGCCGGAGAAUCAGUGUAUUGCACUGGGAUAUUCUUAGAAAAGAAAGAAGACAAGAAACCUCAAGAGGAUGUGACCGCGACCGAUGCCGAACCAAUGGAAGAGGAAGAGAAGCCCAAUCUCUUGGAAGAGCUCCGCCAGUCUGAAAGCAAGUCCGGCUCGUCUAGCGAUGAAGACGAUGGAGGAGAGAAGAAAAAGAACAAGAUGAAAGGGUUGAAGGAAAAAAUAUCAGGCCAAAGAGAAGAGGAAGAUACCAAGCACGACGAAACAUUCAUUCCAGCUGACAAUGGCAAUGAAAAAGCAAAUGCAGAAGCAACAUGCCCAGAGGAGAAGAAAGGGUUAAUUGAGAAAAUCAAAGAAAAACUUCCAGGACAAUACAAGAAGCCGGAAUACGGUGCUUCCGAAGGGUGUGCAGCAAAUGAGCAGCAUUCCCCUGAAGGUGAACCAAAGGAGAAGAAAGGAAUCUUGGAGAAAAUUAAGGAGAAGCUGCCUGGAUGCCAGAAGAAUGAAGAGAAGAAGGAUGAAUAAAAUGGAACAAGGAAUUUUCUCGAGCACAUUUCUUCAUGCGCAUGAGUCUUGAUUUGAUGAUUUCUGGCUUUUUAGAUGUAGUUUCUUUUUUCCCACUCUGUAGACGUUGUAUGUUACUGUGUUUUGCUUAAUGACUCAUGAAGGCUGGGCCAAAAUUUUCAUCUGGUUAACCUUCAACUGAAAAUUUGAAAUGGUGAAGGGAACUCCUUGUUUA